AUGGGAAUUACACCGAAACAUGACAUCAAAGAUUACUGGUCUACAGCGAACCACAAAUUGACACCAUGGUUCAAGGUAAUGUUUCCAAGAACUAAGUUCCUGCUUGUUUACCAGUCAGUGCUGCAUGCAUCAGAACCCAACGCACAAGGCCAAGCAAAGAUUGAGCCAUUUGUGAAUAAUCUAGUAGCAAAGUUUCAGUCAGCAUUUUACCCAUAUGAAAAUCUUUCUGUUGAUGAGAUGGUGAUUGGCUUCAAGGUCAGGUUUCAUGCUAAACAGUACAAUGCAGCUAAGCCUCACAAGUAUCAUAUAAAGACAUUUGGUCUUUGUGAUUCAAUCACAGGCUAUGUUUAUAAUCUGCUAAUUUACUUUGGGUCAAAAACUGCCUACAAUCCUGAGCUUGAUCCAACAUCAACUCCUGCUGUAAAAGUAUUUUCAACCCUACUGCAGGGUGUUGCAAGUUACCAUCAUCUAUUUGCAGAUAGAUUUUAUACAUCACUCCCUCUCAUUCAAUUUCUUUUAUCCAUGAAAUUGAAUUAUCCUGGCACGGUGAAUAAAAACCGCAAAGGAUUGCCGCACUCUACAUUUGAGGAACCCCAGGAAGGGAGUCAAAAGGUUCAGAAACCUAGCUUCAUUCACUCAUACAAUAUGAGUAUGAAUGGCUGUGAUCGUUUGGUUCAAAUGGUCUCGUACUAUAGUAGCCACAAUCACAAAACUAAGAAGUGGUGGAAAAAGGUUUUCACGUGGAUCGUGAAAGUGACGCAGGUCAAUGCUCACAUCUUGUACAUGUUAUCCCAUCAUGCUGCUUCCAAGCGAAUGAGUCUCGCACAUUUCAAAGACCAGCUCAUCCAGCAACCAACUGCGCUCUCAGGUCAUGAAGUUCCAACAGAAUGA